AAUGAGGAGCUGGACUUUUGAUUUACACCCAGAGGAAUUAGAGGUGUUUACAUCCCAUGUGGGGGGACACAGCAGCAUCUCAGUGCCCUUAAAUCUUCGCACGGAUGGAAGGAGCAGCUCAGACCCGGCUGAGCAGGGGAAGAAGGGGGCUGGGUCGAGCUGCCUCCUCUCCCGAAAAGCUCUGCCUAAUCAAAGGGAGAGCGGAGCACGGGGUUGGUUGUUUUUAAUUUUCUAAAGCCCAGGGUGGCCCCCAGCCAAGGCCUCCUUGCGAUGGAGGGGAUAAAGUUCCCGGAGCCUCCGCUCGCUCCCCGCUGCUCUGAACUUUGCCUCGCAGCUCACAUGGCUGCAUCCGCGCCCGGCGCCCGCAAAUAGAUGCUUUAGACCCAGCUUUGCAAGGCCACGCUUCUCCUGAGACCUCCAGCAAGCCAAGCCUGUGGCUGGACAAGUCCAGAUAAAAGCCGGAUCCUUGGAGGCACAGCUGGAUUUUGAAAGCUCCCGGUCCCCUCCCCGGGCUGCAGGAGUGACUGAAAAAGAUAAAGCCUCUUCGCUCGGCGCCUCCAUCCCUGCUUUUCCAAGAACUCACCUCGGGAAAUCCCGGCUGCUUUCUGCCUCUGGCUGCCUCUCACCGUCUCUCCUCAGCCCGUGGAGAGAGGAAGGAGACGACCAUGGCCACCAACGGCUCCGCUGGGCUACAGGAUGCUCUGCUGGACCAGGGCUUCGGUGGCACUGAGGACCUCGUUUCCGACUGGUACAUCUACGAAACCAUGGAGCCGGCAGUGCAGCAGGAUGACAUGUUUCCCAAUGCAAUCCCAGACUGCGACCCCACCAUUUCUCCUCAGCUGUACCACAUCUGCAUGGCACCCAUCUCUCUGGCUGUGCUCAUGGGCUUGUCCUUGCUGGUGAAACGCAGGCAUCUCCACCAGAGCUGCUGGAAUGGCGUCCCAGGACUGCUCAGCCCGGCCAACUUUCUGGAGGAGGAAGGCAACCGCGGGCUGGUGGCUGCGGUGUUCGGCAUCUUGUUCUCCUCUCUGUGCGUGCUGGUCCUGGACAGGGACCCUCUGCCGCUCAUCACCCAGUCCUCCCAAAGCACCCGGGAGUACUGGAAGAUCCUGGCUUUACUCUACUACCCUGCCUUCUACUACCCUCUAGUUGCCUGUGCCACUGUCCGACACAGGCUCAGCUACCUCCUUGGCUGCCUGCUGUCCUGGUGCCACUGCCUGGUCCACAUCUGGCAGAAGGUGGAUUGUCCCCAGUCGCCAAAGAUAUACAGGUACUACUCCACGCUCUCUUACAUCCCCAUCAUCCUCUGCCUUGUGCUGUUAAGCCUUUGGUAUCCAGCCCUGCUCAUCAGGAGCUUCACCGCCCAGGAGGAUACCUUGGAGAAGGAGGUUCCGGGGAGAGGUUAUUACAAGAAGUACCUAAAGGCUGUGCUGUCCAAACGCCCGCAGAAGGGGAGCUCCACAAAGCUAGACGAGAGCCUCCUCUCAAGGGUCCAGGCGUAUUUACGCUCCUAUAUCUACACUCCGGAGGAAGGUUUCCGGAUCCCGCUGAAGCUCGUCCUGUCCAUCACGACGGCCGUGAUCGCCGUCUACCAGGUCGCCCUGCUGCUCCUGGUCGCCGUCGUCCCCACCAUCCAGAUUGUGAGGGCAGGAAUGACAAAGGACAUUGUGGUCUUGUUGGUGCAGUUUGGUCUGGUGCCCUCGGAGAACCCAGCUGUCCCAGGGGACAUGGAGAAGGAGCUCAAUACUGUCAAGUACUACCUGUGGUCACUGGAAGUCUGCUACAUCAGCUCGCUGGUGCUGUGCUGCCUGCUGACCUGCGCCAUGCUGCUGCGGACGCUGGCCAUGCACAGGACCAACCUGAAGGCGCUUUACCAAGGGGCCGUGCUGGAUGUUUUCUACAAAGCCCACAUCCUCCGCCCAUCCCGACGAGCCAUCGUCUGCUGGAUGAGCUUCGCCAGCUUUCAGACGGCUUUUGCCUGCCUGGGUCUCCUCAUCCAACAAGUGAUUUUCUUCAUCUGCUCGGUGGGGUUCACCUUCCUCAUUGUCAUCCCGCUUCAGUCUGGCACGAACACGCACCUCUUUAAAAUCAUCCGUAACAUGUGGCCCUUCUGGUUGACCUUGGUGCUUGCUGUCAUCGUGCAGAAUUUGGCAGCUCAUUACCAGUUCCUGGAGCAGCAUCCCCUCCGAAAGGAGCUCACCAACAGGCGAGCUCUCUACAUCGUCACUUACCUACUCUUCCCCAUCAACGUCCUGGUGGGUGUCCUGGCUGGGGUGUGGAGGAUGGUCAUCUCUGGCCUUUAUAACGCCAUCCACUUCUGCCAGCUGGACAUCAGCCUGCUGAACCGCAACGUGGAGACCUUUGACCCAGGCUACCACACGUACUGCCACUAUCUGAAAAUCGAGGUCAGCCAGUCCCACCCGGUGAUGAAAGCUUUCUGCUUGCUGCUCCUCCAGCCAGCCGGGCCCGAGGGAACACGGGGGCUUCGGGCUGGUGGCGUGGAAGAAGGCAUCCAGCUGAUGCAGCCCAAGAAGGCGCCACCCAGCAGAGCCAGGUUUAAGCAGAGCCGAGCCCGCUGGUGGCUCGCUUACACCCUGCUCAACAACCCCUCGCUGACGGCUUGCCGGAAAACCGCCCUCUCCGACCCCACGGCCAACGGCACCCAGCUCAGCCCCCCCAAACCCUGACCUCCGGAGAGACCCCCACCUCUCUCUGCCUCCCACACAUACUCCUGCCCCAUCCUCGUCUCCUGUUGACUCUCCUCCUGUGCCGGCAGGAGUUUUGGGCACCUCUCACCCCUCUCCAACCACUGGUCCCUCUCUGGCAGUGCUGGGGGCUGGUUUUUAGCUCUAGGUCCGUGCUGAGCCACCACCAAGGUCCAGAGGUGAAGAUAAACGGAUCACCUCUAAGCCUGGCCUGGACAGAGAGGGGUUGGUGAGCCAAGAUAAACCCUUGGGGCAGCUCAGCAACAUCUUAGGUGUCACUCCUGUAGUGAGCUCACAAGUUCUUGACAGUCGCCUUCCCAGCCCGUGGCAAGGCAGGCACGAGUCCCCAGCACCAGGGCAGCAAGGAAAGAGGGAGAGGGGGGAUGUUUGCAUGUGUGGAGGGAUCCUUGACCAGGCUGGGCAUGAGGAACCACCUGCCGAGAAGAUCCCCACUGCCACCCCCAUCCCCAGCUUCUCCCUUUUGGCUCUGAUCCUGGCUGUCUGGCACCAUACCUAACCCCAGGACUUAUUUUUUGUCCCAAAUUUUGUGAGAAAAUCCCACAGCUCUGGGCCAUGAGGUUGCAGAGCCCUUUGUUUUCUUCUCCCCAUAAUUCUCGUCCCCUUAGUGGCUCUUUCUGCCACCCCCUGUUUUAUUUAAAGCCAGCGACUCCCCAGGGCUGGUGACCCUCUGAGCGAGCUGAGCUUGAAUCCGUAGAAAGCAGUUUUACACCUCACUCGGAUGUGCCGAGUCGGGGAAGGUUAAUAAAUCACAUACCUCAUUCCUA